GAUGAUGUCGACAGAGAGCGCCAACAGUUUCACGCUUAUUGGAGAUGCAUCUGACGGGGGCACCAUGGAAAACCUUAGUCGUAGACUGAAGGUAACCAGCGACCUGUUCGACAUCAUGUCCGGCCAAACAGAUGUGGAUCAUCCUCUGUGCGAGGAAUGCACCGACACUCUGCUGGAUCACCUGGACACGCAGCUCAACAUUACAGAGAACGAGUGCCAGAAUUACAAGCAGUGUCUGGAGCUGCUGUCAAACCUACAAGCAGAAGAAGAGGAGACUCUGCUGAAAGAGCUGCAGCAGCUGAAAGAGGAGGAGGACACCCUGGUCAAAGAGCUGGAGGCUGUGGAGGAGCAGAGGGCUGCCGUGGCCCAGGACCUGUCCCAGACCAGGGUCCAGUCUCAGCAGCUGGACAAAGAGGAGCUUCAGUACCAAAAGGAGUACAGCGAGUUCAAACGGCAGCAGCUGGAGCUCGACGACGAGCUGAAAAGCGUGGACAACCAGAUGCGCUACUGCCAGAUUCAGCUGGAUCGACUGAAGAAAACCAAUGUUUUCAAUGCAACUUUUCAUAUCUGGCACAGCGGCCAGUUUGGUACCAUCAACAACUUCCGUCUGGGUCGACUUCCCAGCGUCCCCGUGGAGUGGCACGAGAUCAACGCAGCCUGGGGGCAGACGGUGCUGCUGCUUCAUGCCCUGGCCAAUAAAAUGGGGCUGCGAUUUCAGAGAUACCGUCUUGUCCCGUAUGGAAACCACUCCUACUUAGAGUCACUGACAGAUAAGUCAAAGGAACUUCCUCUGUACUGCUCAGGUGGCUUGAGGUUCUUCUGGGACAAUAAGUUUGAUCACGCUAUGGUGGCCUUCCUGGAUUAUGUUCAGCAGUUUAAAGAAGAGGUGGAAAAAGGAGACACUGGCUUCUGCCUCCCAUACAGGACGGUUGUGGAGAAAGGGAAGGUUGAGGACACAGGUGGCAGCGGAGGGUCCUACUCGAUAAAAACCCAGUUUAACUCGGAGGAGCAGUGGACCAAGGCGCUCAAGUUUAUGCUGACCAAUCUGAAGUGGGGACUGGCCUGGGUGACCUCACAGUUCUACAACAGAUAAAACCUCCCGGACUUGAUUUAUAGACUUCACACGGUCAUGUGCACCUGAGAAAAUGUCUUUGCUAAGUUGAAACUAAAGACAAUUUAUCUAUAUUGUCAGUAUAAAUGUUUCCUUUGCUACAUAGAGGAUUGAAGCCCCUCAGCAAGCAGAAUGUGUACUUCGUGCGGUAAUCUGCUUCAGAUUAAAAGCAAUUUUGAAAAUGUGGCACAAAUGAAAUGGCACACUUCUUGAGAAGAAAUCUCAGCUCAGAUUUACUUUGUUUCAAAUCAUCAGAUUGUGUUGUAACUGCAUUGUUGUGACAAUUUAUUCUUUAACCUUUGCCCCCCAUGACAUAUCCUGCAAACUGUAACACUGCUCAUUUAUCUGUGAUCAUAUUGAGCAGUAUCACAUUCUAGACCUGGUUAGACUUUGUUAAUAAACUUGUGCUGAGAUUCAAAU